AUGUACAUACUCACUGCAACAGAUUACUUCACCAAAUUGGUGGAGGUAAUUCCCACUAAGCGAGCUACUUCAGUAGUGGUUUGUCUAUUUUUGAAAGAAAACAUUGUUUCAAGGUUUGGUGUUCAUCGUAAGAUAGUUACUGAUAAUGCUUCUUUCUUUUCAUAUUAUGAGAUCAUUGAAUUUUGUUUUGAUCAUGGUAUUACCCUUUCACAUUCAUUUGAUUAUUAUCCGCAAAGAAAUGGUCAAGUUGAAUCAAGCAACAAGAACUUGGUUACCAUUAUCAAGAAGCUUGUUGAUAAGAAACAAAGGACUUGGCACAAAGCUCUUUUUGAUGCACUUUGGGUGGAUCGUAUCACACCCAAGAGGGAAAUAAACAUGUCUCCUUUCCAACUUUUGUAUGGGAAGAAUGUCAAAAUUCUUAUCACAUUGGAACUUCCAUCUUUGAAGCUUGCCAAGGCUAUUGAAGAUGAGAUCUACCAAAGUUUGCUUGAUAAGCGGAUCAUGUUUCUUUCUCAGUUGGAAGAAGCAAGGGUUGAGGUGGUAGAUCAUAUUUCUGCUCAUCAAAGUUAG